AUGUCGCGACGUGUCCGAUGCCAGAAGCCGGUCAAUGAGCCUGAGGCUCUGCUGAGCCUCAGAGAUUGCAACAGGCGCCUCAGAACGCUUGGCCGAAUCGACAGCAACCAGUCUAAACACGUAAAACACGCUAUCAAAAUUCUGCACGAGGUGCAAGAAUCUACCAAACGUAACAGAUACAAGUUGUUCUUACAGGAUUUGCUUGAGAUUAAUGAUGGCGCUGGUCCUGCUCUCGUUAUGUUAUGUGCUAUUGCUUUGGGCCAAGCGAAGAUUGCACACAUGAGUCAGACCAAUCGUUCUGCUCUCCUUGCGAGGGUCAAGGGGCUCUCUGGAGAAUUUGGCCACCCAAUACUACGGUCACUGGCUUCCAGUGAGGGUCUUUACUCUAGGAACGAUCCGAGAUUCCCACAGCGAAACUUGGGCCAGUUACCUGAAAUACAGAACAACGGCGAACGAGAACAAUCGCAAGCAAUGGCAAGCGGAAGGCAUGUUCAAUUUAUGUUCUCAAAUGCGCCAACAAAUCGUAUAUAUGUAUUGGGGACAAUCAUCCAAGAAGCCAUCCAAACUAGUCGUCUGUGGAUCACAGAACGACGGGCAGGCGACCCUAGAACCGGAUGCGUGACGGCCAUGGUUCCUCGGGAUGACAAUGGGGAUAUCUCGAUCAGUUUGUGGGUUGGAAAACAGGCAGGGAUGCAAUUGUUGAGUCUCCUGGAAUUGCAGCCUACUUGUGACAAAGGCCAUUCCGGUUGCAUUGCAACAGAACAGGAACCCCAGCAGUCGUCUUUGAGUCAUCCACACUACUCGCCUCCAGACCCAGAUGAAGCUUUGUCACGAAGUCCAGGGGAUGGAGAUAUGGAGUGCCAAAAAGAACAAAGUUUAGAAAGGGAGCAAGCUUCGACAGGGCAGCAAUCUUCUUCGGAAAGUCCCGAAUCGGCUCAAGAGCGUUUUAAUGGGGCAGCCUUCUGUACCAGAGCAUUACCCGCUAACAUCUCCCCUCCAUCAUCAGACAUGACGGGGCAGGAGUUUCAGGUCAGCUGGCGGCCUACCUGUGAAGGACAGAAACCCCAGCGGACAGGACAUGUGCAGUUGCUAAGCAAUCAGUUGCUGCGAAAUUCGGAUCCAGUUCUGCCAACGACAAGUCCCGCAAGUCACGACGAGCCGUCAAAUGGUCACACAGCUGAGUCUAUGGGAGAUAGAAUUUCGGAGUCGAAUGACAUUAUCCAACAGUCAUUUCAGGCUGACGAUGACACAACUAUGGAGACACAUCCACCGUCACGAUGCAUCGACCAGCUACCUGCCUCUCGAUCGCGGAGUGUGUCCAGAGCUCCAGAUCUUGACCAUCAGCUUCAUUUGACGCAACAGGGUCCGACACAUGGAAAUCAAAAUGCUCAUGGGCGUCUUGAUGGCCAUGAGACCUCGGGGCUCAGCGACGGAGAAGCAGCUGCCAAUGCAAAUCUUGAGAGCAGAGACAUUUCAAUCAUCCGUCGAAGCCAGCAAUUCAGUAAUAUGAGCGAGUCAAACAUUGAACCUAUGGAUGUUUUCAAUUCCCUUAAGUAUCCCAAUCUUUUGAGUACACAGGCCAUUCUAGACCACCCAUUUCCCUAUGUCUUCAAUCCACUGGACUUCCCCAGCCUCAUUGCAGAUAUGCAAGCUCCCCCAUUUUCCUAUGUCUUCAAUCCACUGGACUACCCCAGCCUCAUUGCAGAUAUGCAAGCUCCCCAAGAUCCCAAUAUCUUCAAUACAUUGGACUACCCCAACCUCAUUUCGUAUACCCAACACCCCCAAGAUCGUCCAGUUCCCAAUGUCUUCAAUCUAUCUGAUCAUCCGAGCAUGCCCCCAGAUGCUCGAAGCUAUACCGUCCGUGCAGAAGCCGAAUGUGUCGGGUCUUGA